AUGCCUGGGCUCGUGAAAGACACCGCUUUGGAGACGAUUACCGUUAGGGAACUUCAUCCAACCUUUCUAGCUGAAGUAGAAGGCGUAAACUUCCCAGCCAUUUCUGACGAGCAGUUCAGCGAAAUCGUGAACGCAAUGGCAAAGUAUGGAGCAUGCGUUUUCCGCUCGACUGGGUUGAGUGACGAGAAGCAUGUCGAAUUCUCUCGGCGCUUUGGUGAUCUUGAUAAUAUCGCGCGUUACUUGACUGGUGGUCGCAAGCCGCGGUAUGAACUGCUGGAGCUUUUUGACGCGGGAAAUAUCGAGAACGGUGCUGUCGUUGCUAAGGACAGCGUCAGAGGUCACUACAACAGGGGUAAUGCUCUUUGGCAUGUGGAUUCAUCUUUCAACCCGCGAAGGGCGUCUUUUUCCCUCCUUCGCGCUGUUGAACUUCCGCCUCCGGGCACUGGAGGAGAAACCUACUUCGCUGAUUCGAGAACCGCCUUCGAGGAACUUCCUGAUGACCUUCGCAAGGAGCUUCUUGAGCACGAUUACGUGGGAGCGCACACUAUAGUGCACAGCCGAAAGCUUGGUUCACCAGAAUACUUCAAGGACCUUGAUGCUUCAACUUCCCAAAUGUACCGCCACCGUAUUGUGCAGCUCCACGAGCCUUCUGGAAGAAAUAAUCUUUAUAUAGGCACCCAUAUGCAUCACAUUGAGGAUGCGAGCCAUCCUGGAAUCGCUGUCCCCAACUCGGCCGAGCUGAUUGAGAGGCUUUUGCGGCACGUUACACAGAGUAAGUACACUCGCUCUGUAGAGUGGAAUCAACCAGGAGACAUGAUUAUCUGGGAUAAUCGCUGCGUCUUGCACCGUGCAAGCGGUGGGAGCUUCGAGGGGAAGUUUAAAAGAGACGUCAGGAGGACAACGGUACAUGAUAACAGCCCGACCGCAUGGGGUUUGAACAGCGUCGAUUCAGAGUGGCAGGGCUUUCAGAGAACAUCGUAA